AGAAACAAUCACAGUUAAAUGAUUCGUAGCGGAGGAUGUGGUGGUACCCAUUCAAAUUAAUCCUCAUAUGUAUGUAUCAUAUUGAGACACGUGUUAUGGAGAGCAAGUGUCCGUAAAAUAUAAACAAAAUGAAUAACAUGUCACUGUUAACAUUCCUCCAGCCACUAUAAAUUCGAAGUCCCGAUCUUUCCUUAACAUAUGCUCGUUGAGAGCUAGCAAGAUAGUUUCAGUAUCUCUAUAUAUGUAACAAUCACACCUGAGCUAGAAUCUUUAACUUGCCUUCUCCUCACAUUUUUCUUCAAGAUUUCCUAAUUAACCAGGAAAGAAAGAAGAUUAUUGUUGUUUUUUAUAGAAGAAAUUUAUAACGAUUGACAGGGAAGAGACAGUGCUCCGGGGAACAAGCCACUUCAAGCAGGUGAAGUUGAAGGAAUUUUUAUAAGAAUGAAGCCAUGCAUGACGGCUCUAAGGCAAGUGAUUCAACCCUUGUUGAACUUCCAAGGAAACAUGGUCGAUGUUCCGUUUUUCCGGCGAAAAGACAAGGUUGUUUUCGUUAUGGGCGCCACCGGAACCGGCAAAUCUCGUCUAGCCAUUGACCUAGCCACUCGUUUCCCGGCGGAGAUCGUAAACUCCGACAAGAUUCAAGUCUAUAAGGGUCUAGACAUCGUGACAAACAAAGUCACUCCUGAGGAAAGCCUUGGUAUCCCUCACCACCUCCUCGGCACCGUCCACGACACUUACGAAGAUUUCACGGCGGAGGAUUUCCAGCGGGAAGCAAUCAGAGCCGUUGAGUCAAUCGUCCAGAGGGGCCGUGUCCCGAUCAUAGCUGGUGGUUCCAAUUCUUACAUCGAGGCUCUGGUCAACGAUUGCGUUGACUUCCGGUUAAGGUAUAAUUGUUGCUUCUUGUGGGUCGACGUCUCAAGACCGGUUUUACACUCUUUUGUCUCGGAGCGAGUCGAUAAGAUGGUUGAGAUGGGUCUCGUCGGCGAGGUUCGCCGCAUCUUCGAUUCGUCUUCGUCGGAUUACUCAGCCGGUAUCCGGCGUGCCAUCGGAGUUCCAGAGCUUGACGAAUUUCUCCGGGCGGAGUUACGGAAUAAUCCGGCGGAGACGACGGAGAGACUUCUUGAAACGGCGAUAGAGAAAAUUAAAGAGAACACUUGUUUGCUUGCGUGUCGACAAUUGCAGAAGAUUCAAAGACUUUACAAGCAGUGGAAAUGGAACAUGCACCGUGUCGACGCGACGGAGGUUUUUCUCCGACGAGGAGAAGAAGCUGAUGAGGCUUGGGAUAACUCAGUGGCUCAUCCGAGCGCACUCGCCGUCGAAAGGUUCCUUAAUUACAACGAUGACCACCAUUUGGACGGCGCCAAUAUUCUCCUACCGGAGAUCUCCGCCGUUCCACCUCUUCCAGCCGCCGUGGCGGCGAUUUCCCGGUGAGGUAAUAACAAAUCAAUCGACCAAAAGGGAAGUUUAAGAAAGAAAACGAUAAUAAUGCCACGUGGCGAGAUUGGUCGGAAAGAGGAUAUAGCCAUGAUAAUGCCACGUGGCGAGAUGGGUCGCUGUCUCGGAGAAGCUGAUGACCUUUUUAUUCUGUUUUAUGUUACUAAAAAAAAGUGUGUUACGGUUAAACGGAAAAAAGAUCAGUUUUGAGGGAAGUGAAGUGCACGCGCGGGGCGGACACAGACAAAUGAUUCCCUUAUAAUUUUUUUUCCGGGUAUAGUACAUUAGGGGCUAGGGUGUGAUGCGGAAUAGUGUACGGUUUAUACGGUGGAUUAGUCAGGUUUAAGACAAAAGAAGUCGUUGGUCAACGCGGUUUUGCCAAAUAAAAAGGAAUAAGGAUCCAAUUCCAACUUUUGACGGCGGAUUGCCGUCCGAUACGUGUUUGGGUGACGUGAUGUGGUUAAAUUAUCCAAUCAAACGGCUGUGAAGUGAUUAUUGUUAAUACUUAAUAUUAUUGUUUAUAAUCGUCUUUGCCCAUAAGCUUAUGUGUAAUUAUAUAAAAAAAGAAGAAUGGAUUUUCACUUACGAUUUAA